AUGUCCAAAGGAAUCCCAACCCUGCAAGACCGAAGAGGUUUCCCAGCAUGGCAGAAAGCCAUGCAGAAAAGUCUCACUCCCUAUCAAUGGGAAUUUGUAACCUGUCCAGACGGCGAGCCGUCCGAAAACAAAUGGAUGUUCUUCUGGGAAAAUCAUAGCGCUCAGGCAAAGGCAUACAUGACAAUCCUCUAUUCCAUUCCCUACAUCACUCUAGUCGGCCUGGGCGCUCAUGACGAGCUCACUCCUCCGAGAGACUUUUAUCACGCAGAUUAUCCGCAUCACGUUGAAUACGAUAACUGGGUUCAGGGCGGCUGCCCAAGACACUUGUACAAUGUCGUCUGCAAAUGGUUCAACCCAACCAGGGCCAUGAUAGCCGCCCAGGUCAGAUGCAUCGCAAACACCGAUCCGGCAAAGUACAAGUACGUAGGCCACUAUGCCGCUCGCAUGUGGUUGAGCAGACUAUGUGUCGACCCUUCCCGUACGGAGGAUAAUCCCGUUCUUACGAUUUUACUUUGCGACGCCAUCAAGAACUCCUAUCCGGCCGUCGUUGCGGAGUUAGCGAAGGAGGACUACAAGAGAACAUUCGCUCAAGUGCUGGACGCCAUAGCGCCCAAAAGAUUCGUACUCGGGAGGAAGCGGGUGGCAGACGACACAUCGAGAAAGGCAAAGAGGAUCAAGACAGAACCCGAGUAA